ACGAAAUCAGCGUAUAUAUCACGCGCUCCCUAAGCGAGUACGUGUACACCACCCAGCCCGCCAAUCACCGGAGGAACAAACCAAACCCAUCACAAAACCCGAGACACAACAACUGCUGACUGCCCCAAAUCUCCUUCAACGAAAGGUCAAAGUGGGCACACGCAGCCCAAAGGGUAACAGUUGAGAGGUUGGGAAGGGUUGAUAUUUGGAUUAAUGGCUGGAUUAAGAGAGGACCCAGUUCUUGGAACUAACGAUAUAAAAGAGAGAGAGGGAGAAGAAGAAGCUGACAAAAUUAGUUAUACUUUAGAGUCCCAUGUGGUGAUUAGAACAGAAGGAGGAGAGGUUGAGAGAGAUAUGGCUCAGGCCACCGGAAGUUCGAUUCACCGGUCGGGUUCCCGGCCUCAGUUGGACCUCAGCAAAGCUGCCAUUCAAGGGAAUUUUGAAGAGAGGGACCCUACAAUUCUUCUGCCUAAUCAGUCUGAUGACCUGUCUCACUUGGCUUUGGACAUUGGAGGAUCUCUCAUCAAGUUGGUGUAUUUCUCAAGACAUGAAGGUCAAUCAAUUGAUGAUAAAAGGAAGAAAACUUUGAAGGAAAGAUUGGAAAUAUCAAAUGGUAGUAGGAGAAGCUAUCCUAUUCUUGGUGGGAGGCUUCAUUUUGUGAAGUUUGAGACGAACAAGAUUAAUGAGUGCUUAGACUUCAUCUAUUCGAAGCAGCUUCACCGUGGUGGAAUGGAUGCUCGUAUCUGGAAUCCUGAUGCCCCAACCAAUGAAAGUUCCGUAAUUAAGGCCACAGGUGGUGGGGCAUACAAGUUUGCGGACCUCUUCAAAGAACGGCUUGGGGUUAGUCUUGACAAAGAAGACGAAAUGAAUUGUCUAGUGGCUGGAGCAAAUUUUCUACUCAAGGCAAUUCGUCAUGAAGCUUUCACACACAAGGAGGGUCAGAAAGAGUUUGUGCAGAUUGACCAGAAUGAAUUAUUCCCGUAUCUUCUAGUUAACAUUGGGUCCGGUGUUAGUAUGAUUAAGGUUGAUGGAGAUGGCAAAUUUCAGCGGAUAAGUGGGACAAAUGUUGGUGGUGGUACUUAUUGGGGCUUGGGAAAACUGUUAACAAAGUGCAAAAGUUUUGACGAGUUGUUAGAGCUGAGUCAACGGGGAGAUAAUAGGACUAUAGACAUGCUUGUUGGGGACAUUUAUGGUGGUAUGGACUACUCAAAGAUCGGACUCUCUGCGUCAACCAUCGCCUCUAGUUUUGGGAAGGCUAUUUCAGAAAAAAAGGAGCUUGAAGACUACAGUCCUGAAGAUAUAUCCCUGUCUCUCUUACGAAUGAUUUCUUAUAAUAUUGGCCAGAUAGCUUAUCUAAAUGCACUACGGUUUGGUCUGAAGCGAAUAUUUUUUGGAGGCUUUUUCAUAAGGGGUCAUGCUUAUACCAUGGACACUAUCUCCUUUGCGGUUCAGUUCUGGUCGAAAGGAGAGGCACAAGCAAUGUUCUUGAGACAUGAAGGUUUUCUGGGGGCUUUAGGCGCAUUUAUGAGCUAUGAAAAGCAUGGUCUCGAUGACUUGAUGGUCCAUCAUUUAGUUGAAAGAUUUCCUAUGGGCGCACCAUAUACCGGAGGAAAGAUUCAUGGUCCACCACUUGGGGAUUUGAACGAGAAGAUUUCAUGGAUGGAAAAGUUUGUUCGCAAAGGGACUGAGAUUACUGCUCCAGUACCAAUGGCUCCACCUGGAACUACUGGACUUGGAGGCUUUGAAGUUCCUUCAUCCAAAGGAGGUACUCUGCGUUCUGAUGCAAGUGCUUUAAACGUUGGGGUUCUCCAUCUGGUACCCACUUUGGAAGUCUUUCCAUUAUUGGCAGACCCAAAAACGUAUGAACCCAACACUAUCGAUCUCUCAGAUCACGGAGAGUUAGAGUACUGGUUCACUGUGCUGUCAGAGCAUCUACCAGACCUUGUUGAUAAGGCAGUGGCAAGUGAAGGUGGGACUGAUGAUGCUAAAAGAAGGGGUGAUGCUUUUGCUCGUGCCUUUUCUGCUCACUUGGCACGGUUGAUGGAGGAGCCUGCUGCAUAUGGAAAGUUAGGGUUGGCCAAUCUGUUGGAACUGAGAGAAGAAUGCUUGAGGGAGUUCCAAUUUGUUGAUGCGUAUAGAAGUAUAAAACAAAGGGAAAAUGAGGCAUCACUCGCUGUUUUAGCUGAUCUGCUAAUGGAGCUCGAUGGUAUGAGUGAGGAAGCAAGACUGCUUACCCUUAUUGAAGGUGUUCUUGCUGCGAACAUUUUCGACUGGGGAUCCCGUGCUUGCGUGGAUCUCUAUCACAAAGGAACGAUUAUUGAAAUUUAUAGAAUGAGCCGCAAUAAGAUGCAAAGACCUUGGCGCGUGGACGACUUUGAUGUUUUCAAAGAGAGAAUGUUAGGAUCUGGAGAUAAAAAACCUCGUCCACAUAAAAGAGCUUUGCUAUUUGUGGAUAACUCGGGUGCUGACGUUAUUCUAGGAAUGCUGCCCCUAGCACGGGAACUUCUCCGACGGGGAACAGAAGUUGUUUUGGUUGCCAACUCCCUUCCAGCUCUAAAUGAUGUGACUGCAAUGGAGCUUCCUGAAAUUGUUGCCGAAGCUGCCAAGCAUUGUGACAUUCUUCGCAGAGCUGCUGAAGCGGGAGGCUUGCUUGUGGAUGCAAUGGUUAGCACUCUAGAUGGUUCUAAAGGAAAUUCAUCUUCGGUUCCCUUGAUGGUUGUUGAGAAUGGUUGCGGCAGUCCUUGCAUAGACUUACGGCAAGUUAGCUCUGAGCUAGCCGCUGCUGCAAAAGAGGCCGAUUUGGUUAUCUUGGAAGGCAUGGGCAGAUCUCUUCAUACCAACUUUAAUGCGAAGUUUAAAUGCGACGCUUUAAAGCUUGCAAUGGUGAAGAACCAAAGGUUGGCCCAAAAACUGAUCAAAGGCAACAUAUACGACUGCGUUUGCAGAUACGAACCAGUAAGUUAAAAGCUCCGGUUCACAGCUUCUCGUACCGUCCGAUUGUAAGCCAUGGGAGGUCUCGAUCUCAGGAGACAACUGCUCGAUACAAAAACGAAUAAAAGCUUAUGAUUUUAUGCACCUACAAGGACCCCAAUUUCGUGGCGGGGUUAAUGGUUCUCUUCUUUGUAUGUUAUGUAUUUGUUCAUCGCCGUCCGAAAGGAUGCGGCUUUUCGCUUUGUGUAAUCAAAAUCGAAUCAAAAUAAUGUCGUCGACAAAGCUAAAACAAGAGGAAAAAUAAGGGAACUUUAACAAAAAGUUCUCGGUAUUGUUCACUUUAACGAAAAAUCACAUUUUAACACUAAAA